CCUUAUCAAAAAUCACUAUGACACUCAUUCCUCUGGAACAAGUUAUUGAGCCAGGCCCCCUAAUUUUGGUCCAUCGGAAAAGGGGGUCUGGCAACCAACAAGAAAAUGUGUAGCAGAAGAAACGCUCAUGUUUUCUGUGUGCUUUACAGCAUUUACCUUCUUGUCGAUUCUGCCCGUCUCAGUCGGAGGGGGUCAUCGACUCCAGUCCGUCUAGCCGCGAGUGAUGCCGACGUGAACGAGAUGCUGGCGAAAUCGUCUUCCCCUGACACAGAUAAAAGGAGGCCGAGUUUUGAGACGUCCAAGUCGCCUGGAAAGUCAAAACACCAUAACUCAAGAUCCAGGUCACGUUCAAGGGAUCGGAAACACAAGUCGAGUAAUAAAAAGCACAGAAAAAGCCGGAGCAGAAGCAAAGAGGCUCGGAGAAGGGACUCGGAGAAGGCGUCGAAGUCACACAGCAGGUUGGAGGAGACUCCACAGGAUGAGCGGGGUCGAGAAAGGUUGUCUGAGGAGAAUGGCGAAGACCGCCACCGUCGCAAAGACAAGAGGUCCUCCAGAGGCAGGAGCUACUCCAGGUCAAGGUCCCGGGACAGGCGUCACCGCAGCAGAAGUCGGGACAAGAAGCGCUCUCACUCGCGUAGUCGGGACCACAGGUCAAAGAGCCGCGAGAGGAAGAGGCGGGCCCGUUCCCGCUCCAGGUCCAAACACCGGCACCGCAGCAGGAGUCGCAGCAAAAGCAGGGAAAGGAAAAAACGGACUGAGAAGGUUCGAAGGAAGAGCCGGAGCCGCACUGCUAGUCCCCCUGCUUUCCGCGGCCGAAACACAGCCAUGGAUGCUCAGGAGGCACUGGCCAGAAGGUUAGAAAGGGCGAAGAAGCUUCAGGAGCAGAAAGAGAAAGAGUUGCUGGAGAAACAGCAGCAGCAGGAGAUUGUUGCUGGUAAGGAUCAGGCACCAGUGGAAGCUGCUGCAGCCUCUGCUCCCCUCCUGAGUGACGCCGUGGCUGCCGCGGCAGCAGCAUCGGCGGCUGCCGCAGCAGCUGCUGCUGCUGCUGCCGCCGCCUCCUCCUCCUCCAAUCCCGUGCUGAACGUGGCGGCGUUGCUGGCCUCGGGCACACAGGUCACGCCACAGAUCGCGAUGGCUGCACAGAUGGCAGCCCUGCAAGCAAGGACAUUGGCGGAGACCGGUAUCGCCGUGCCCAGCUACUACAACCCCUCGGCAGUCAACCCCAUGAAGUUCGCUGAGCAAGAGAAGAAGAGGAAGUUGCUUUGGCAGGGCAAAAAAGAAGGGGACUCGAGAAAUCAGACAACAGAGCUCUGGGAGAAACUCAAUUUUGGCAACAAGGACCAAAAUGUCAAAUUUCGCAAACUCAUGGGCAUCAAACACGAAGAGGAGGCCGGACCAUCUGCGUCAUUGAACGAAGACGGCCUGAAGACUCUACAGCAGCAGGAAGAGAUGUUCCGCAACUUAGACGUUCAGUACGAAAUGGCCCGAUCUCAGACGCACACCCAGAGAGGCAUGGGACUAGGCUUCGGCUCCGCAUUCUCAUCACGAGGGAUGGAUGCCCUCUGACCUCCUUGACCUUGUGACCUCCACAGCUUAUUGCUCUUCCAUCUGUGUACCAGCUUUGCCACUGAUUUAUUUGGUGUCUGUUGAUUUGAAGCUGGAAGCAUGGAUGCUAACUUGCAUGGAUGUUGGUUGAGUCAGAUCUGUAAUUUAUGUAGGAACAAUCCCAUAUCGUGGAACAUUCACUUGUAAAUAAAUAUUUUUGGGGAUGGCUAGGUCUUGCAGCACCAGCAGGAGUGUUGUACUCCUGAAUUAUGCAGUUGGUGCAGAAGGGCACUGAGAUGUUUUGGGGGGAUUUAGUGAGAAAAUGUGACUGCUUGAUUACUGGUUUUUGUACUAAACAUGUAUAUAUCAGAUGGUUUGAAGGAAAGAAACAUCUAAGUAGAUACCAAGAGGCAUUUAGUUGUUUGCAUUCAGUUAUUACUCUAAUACUAGGUAAAUCAGUGGGACAAACAUUUCAUUUCCUCCUGAGGAUAAUAAUACUGAUUGCUGUAUUCAACGUGCAACACACAUGUCCAACAAAUAAAAGGUAUGGUAUUAA